GAAUGUGGCUUGGAUACCGGCAUCCCACCGGUGAGAUCCACAUCCAGGACUCGGGGGCAUGGCUCUCGUGCCCGGGGAUGGACAACAACAGCACCUUAUGCACAACCGGAGAUGUCCCCACCCUUCUCCAGGGAAAUGCUUUUAACCAUAAAGGUCCGUACAACGGCGUCGAGAUCCAAUGUGUCAUCCCUUGAACGUUGUUGUAUACUUGGGGUAGGAAAGAGGAGACGAAAUAUCUGCCCAAAUAGCUGGAAUUCUGUCUCGAUCGUUAUAAGUAUUUAUUGGCAUGUUCGGACUGGGGUCGACUCAACUCUUAUCAAAGAGGGCGCUGUUCCAGAGACACAGGGAGACAGGAGACGACUGCUCGCACUGGCACACGACAGGAAUCCCUGGUGAGACUAGCACCAAAGAUUGGAAAUUGGCA